AUGCCGGAAUCGCUCGACAUCAAGCUGCAGAACAUGUCCGACUCGGACCAGGUCUACGCCUACGUGACCGGCAUCGCGCUGCAGCACGACGGCCGCCGCGUGCUCCUCAAGGCCAAUGGCCACGACUUAUACUUCCCAGAGUCGCCCUCGGAGAUCCUCCAGCCCCUCGCCGAGGACUGCGCCAUCCCGCUCGGCGCCCCGGGCAACACCGUCACCGUGCACAUCCCCCAGCUCGCCGGCGGCCGCAUCUGGUUCUCCCGCGGCGGCAAGCUCACCUUCCUGCUGAACCCGGGCCCCGCCAUCGUCGAGCCCUCGGUCCUGAACCCGUCCGACCCCAACGCCGCCGUCGACUUCGCGUUUGCCGAGUUCACCCUCAACGCCGACCAGCUCUUCGCCAACAUCAGCUACGUCGACUUUGUCUCGCGCCUGCCCGUCGCCCUGACCCUCCGGGAGCAGGGCGGCGCCGUCCAGCACGUCUCGGGCAUGCAGCCCGACGGCCUCGACCGCGUCGCCGAGGCCCUGCGCGAGCAGGCCGCCAAGGACGGGCGGCCCUGGGACAAGCUCGUCGUGCCCGGCGGGCCCGGAGGCGCGCCCCUGCGCGCCCUGAACCCGACGCACGGCGGCGCCGUGGGCGCCAGCUUCGACGGCUACUUCGAGCCGCUCGUCGAGGAGGUGUGGGCCAAGUACUGCGGGUGCGAGAUGAGGAUCAACACGCAGGCCGCGGCGGGCGUCGUGGGCGGCACCGUCAACGCGCAGGGGGAGCUCGUGCUCGGCGGCGAGGCCUUCGGCCGGCCGAGCACCGCCGACGUCCUGGGCUGCAACAGCGGGCCCUUCGCGACGGGCCCCUCGGCCGCGCGCAACGCCAUCAUCCCCCGGCUGGCGGCGGCGCUGCAGCGCUCGAGCCUGCCCGAGGUCGACGAGCACCCGUCGGACCCGUCGACUUUUUACAAGCGCGAGCCGACGAACCACUACUGCCGGAUCGUGCACGAGCACAACCUCGACGGCAAGGGGUACGCCUUUGCGUACGACGACGUGCAGCCCGACGGCGGCGCGGACCAGUCGGGCAAGGUGAACGCGGGCGAUCCGGCCGAGUUUCUCGUCGCUGUCGGUGGCCAGGACGCCUAUGCAGGGGAUCACUGA